AUGGCACUCUCCGCACCCAGCACAGACCCAACAACCCUCGCCACCCAAGAACAAUCCGACCCCUACAAAUUCCAAACCUUCACCACAACAACCGCCUGGGCCCUGGGCACCGCCCUCCGCACUCGCCUCCUCUCCCUCCCUUCCUCCCAACGCAAACCCGCCCUCAUCAACAUCUCCCUCGCGACCGGCACCUCCACGCCGCACACCCUCUUCCAAUGCGCCACCGAGCCCGGCACCAUCCCGGACAACGAGAACUGGGUGCGUCGCAAGCGCAACACGGUCAUGCGCUGGGGCCUGUCAAGCUGGGCGAUGCGGAUGAAGAUGGUCUCCGGUCUCAAGGCGGCGGGAGGUGCGGAUGCGAGCGCGAGUGUGAGUGCGGACGAGAUUGAGAAGGCAUUUGUGAAGAAAUAUGCGCUGGGUAGCUCGUGUGGUGGUGCGGUGGCGGACGAGUUUGCGAUUCACGGGGGUGGGUGGCCGGUCAGGGUCCGGGGGGUCGAGGGCAUUGUGGCGGUUGUGGUGGUUAGUGGGUUGAAGCAGGAGGAUGAUCAUGCAGUGGUGGCAGAGACUAUUAAGGAGUUGGUCGCUGAGGGUUAUUGA